UUGUCAAGUUGUGUAUCAUAAUAAUUCUCAUUUUUAUUGAAUUUAUACAGAAAAAACGAUUAAUUAGUUAGCCAAAAUGUCCGACAAUGAUGAUGAUUACAUGUGCGAAGAAGAGGAAGACUAUGGCUUGGAAUACUCGGAAGACAGCAAUUCAGAGCCAGAUGUAGACUUAGAAAACCAAUACUAUAACAGCAAGGCACUGAAAGAAGAUGAGCCAAAAGCGGCUUUGCUUUCCUUCCAGAAGGUUUUAGAAUUGGAGGGGGGAGAGAAAGGCGAAUGGGGAUUCAAAGCUCUUAAGCAGAUGAUUAAAAUUAAUUUUAAAUUGAGCAACUUCACAGAGAUGAUGGCACGGUACAAGCAAUUACUCACUUAUAUCAAGAGUGCUGUCACCAGGAACCACUCGGAAAAGUCCAUCAAUUCUAUCUUGGAUUAUAUCUCUACAUCUAGGAAUAUGGAGUUAUUACAAGACUUCUAUGAAACCACUCUAGAAGCCCUAAAAGAUGCCAAGAAUGACCGAUUGUGGUUCAAAACUAACACCAAGCUGGGCAAACUGUACUACGACCGCGGGGACUUCAACAAACUAGCUAAAAUACUCAAACAAUUGCAUCAGAGUUGCCAGACGGACGAUGGCGAAGACGACUUGAAAAAAGGCACGCAAUUGCUUGAGAUCUAUGCACUGGAGAUCCAAAUGUAUACGGCGCAGAAAAAUAAUAAGAAACUUAAGGCGCUGUACGAGCAAUCGCUUCACAUCAAGUCUGCAAUACCGCAUCCACUUAUCAUGGGUGUUAUUAGAGAAUGCGGCGGCAAAAUGCAUCUUCGCGAGGGUGAAUUCGAGAAAGCGCACACAGACUUCUUCGAAGCUUUUAAGAAUUACGACGAGUCCGGUAGUCCAAGAAGGACAACGUGUUUGAAAUAUUUAGUUUUAGCCAAUAUGCUAAUGAAAUCUGGAAUCAAUCCCUUCGACUCUCAAGAAGCUAAACCGUACAAGAACGAUCCCGAAAUCCUUGCAAUGACAAAUCUCGUAAUGGCUUACCAGAAUAACGACAUCAACGAUUUUGAGUCUAUUCUAAAACACAAUCGUAAUAACAUCAUGGAUGACCCCUUCAUCAGAGAACAUAUUGAAGAUUUACUUAGGAAUAUCAGGACCCAAGUUCUUAUCAAGCUAAUUGGUCCCUACACGAGAAUUCAUAUACCGUUCAUCUCUAAAGAGCUCAACAUAGACGAAAAGGAGGUCGAAAAUCUUUUAGUUACUUGUAUACUCGAUAACACAAUAACUGGCCGCAUCGACCAAGUGAACUCAGUCCUGGAACUGGGGGGCGGUGCCCGUGGUGCUACUCGUUACUCGGCCCUGGACAAAUGGACCACGCAGCUGUCGGCGCUGCACCUGGCGUUGGCCAACAAGAUGGCGUAGGGUUCGGUGACCAGCGGCAAGACCCGAUCCCCCGCGUACAAAAGUGUUCAUUGCUAUUUCAACAGUGUUGGUGAGGUAGGAAUUUAACCAUUUUUUGACGAGUUUGGCACAUAUUUAAUUAGUUUUGUGUAAAUUCGAACCCCUUUCACCGCGAGUCCAUCAGUGCGCGUCAAUACUCC